GCCCCCUCCCUCCCUAGGGCCGCCCCGCUUGGCCAAGUUUGCAGAGCCUCGCUGUGCGAGCCGGGCCAGUCAAUCAGCGGCAGAGCUGAGAAGGGCACAGCCGUGCGGCCGAGGGCAGUGAGCUGAGCCGUGCUGGGUGAGCGGAGCAGCGCCGGGUAGCUGGAGCCCCGCACCAGCGAUCACCCGCCGACGCCGCCCACACUCUGCUCUCCUGCGACGCCUGCCACCUUCCCUUCCUUCCCUGAACCCCUCCGCCCCUGGCUAGCUGGCCUUGGUUCUCUAGCCUUCGGAGCCCCGAGGUCACGGAUCCUCUCCCUAGUCCCUUGGGUCCCGCGCCCAUUCCACGCCUUUUUCCUUGUACCCCACCCCGGCUGGACGCCUGGCACCGGGGACCGUUGCCUGACGCGAGGCCCAGCUCCACUUUUCGCCCGCGUCUCCUCCUCCUGCCCUCCUCCUCCUCCUUCACUACCAACUCCAACUCCCCGGUUCUCGCUCUGCUCGUGAGUGUCUACUCCGCGCCUCUCCGCCCGCUCCGCAGCGCUGCUUCCCAUCCGGUCUCAUUCUGUCCCCUAAAGGUGGGAGCGCGUCUGUCAGGGUCCGCACCAUGGCACGGCUAGGCUUGCUCGCGCUUCUCUGCACCCUGGCUGCGCUCAGCGCCUCGCUGCUAGCUGCGGAGCCCAAGUCUAAAAGUUGCUCGGAAGUGCGACGUCUCUACGUGUCCAAAGGCUUCAACAAGAACGAUGCCCCCCUCUAUGAGAUCAACGGUGACCAUUUGAAGAUCUGUCCCCAGGAUUAUACAUGCUGUUCUCAAGAGAUGGAAGAGAAGUACAGCCUGCAAAGUAAAGAUGAUUUCAAAAAUGUGGUCAGCGAGCAGUGCAAUCAUUUGCAAGCCAUCUUUGCAUCCCGUUACAAGAAGUUUGAUGAAUUCUUCAAAGAACUUCUUGAAAAUGCAGAGAAAUCCCUGAAUGAUAUGUUUGUGAAGACAUAUGGCCACUUAUACAUGCAAAAUUCAGAGCUAUUUAAAGAUCUCUUCGUAGAGUUGAAGCGCUACUAUGUGGCGGGAAACGUGAACUUGGAAGAAAUGUUAAAUGACUUCUGGGCUCGCCUGCUGGAGCGCAUGUUCCGCCUGGUGAACUCCCAGUACCAUUUUACCGAUGACUACCUGGAAUGUGUGAGCAAGUACACCGAGCAGCUGAAGCCUUUUGGAGAUGUCCCUCGGAAGCUGAAGCUCCAGGUUACCCGUGCAUUUGUCGCCGCCAGGACCUUCGCUCAAGGCUUAGCAGUUGCACGGGAUGUAGUGAGCAAAGUCUCUGUGGUGAACCCCACAGCUCAGUGCACCCAUGCACUGCUGAAGAUGAUCUACUGCUCUCACUGUCGGGGUCUGGUGACUGUGAAGCCCUGUUAUAACUAUUGCUCAAACAUCAUGAGAGGCUGUUUGGCCAACCAAGGAGACCUUGAUUUUGAGUGGAACAAUUUCAUAGAUGCCAUGCUGAUGGUGGCGGAGAGGCUGGAGGGUCCUUUCAACAUUGAGUCUGUUAUGGAUCCCAUUGAUGUGAAGAUUUCUGAUGCGAUCAUGAACAUGCAGGAUAAUAGUGUUCAAGUGUCUCAGAAGGUUUUCCAAGGCUGUGGACCUCCGAAGCCCCUCCCAGCUGGACGAAUUUCUCGUUCCAUCUCUGAAAGUGCCUUCAGUGCUCGAUUCAGACCUUAUCAUCCAGAACAACGCCCAACCACGGCAGCUGGCACUAGUUUGGACCGACUGGUUACUGAUGUCAAGGAGAAACUGAAACAAGCGAAGAAGUUCUGGUCCUCUCUCCCAAGUACUGUUUGCAAUGAUGAGAGGAUGGCAGCAGGAAAUGAAAAUGAGGAUGACUGCUGGAAUGGCAAGGGCAAAAGCAGAUACCUGUUUGCAGUGACAGGAAACGGAUUGGCCAACCAGGGCAACAACCCAGAAGUCCAGGUUGACACCAGCAAGCCAGACAUACUAAUCCUUCGUCAGAUCAUGGCCCUUCGGGUUAUGACCAGUAAAAUGAAGAAUGCUUACAAUGGAAAUGACGUGGACUUCUUUGAUAUCAGUGAUGAGAGUAGUGGAGAGGGAAGCGGAAGCGGAUGUGAAUAUCAGCAGUGCCCUUCGGAGUUCGAGUACAACGCCACUGACCAUUCUGGGAAGAGUGCCAAUGAGAAAGCUGACAGUGCCGGUGGUGCCCAUGCAGAGGCAAAGCCCUACCUCCUCGCUGCCCUCUGCAUCCUGUUCCUCGCUGUGCAGGGAGAGUGGAGAUAAUUGUCAAACUCUGAGUAAAAGUGUUCAUCAUCAGAAAGUUCAAAGGCACCAGUUCUCACUUUUUUUUUUUUUUUUUUUUUACCAUCCUAGUGACUUUGCUUUUAAAAUGAAUGGACAACAAUGUACAGUUUUUACUGUGUGGCCACUGGUUUAAGCAAUGUUGACUUUGUUUUUCCUCAUUCACUUCAAGGGGACAGCGGGGCCUCCUACCUUUAAGUUUGUUCCUGCCUCCCCCCCCACCCCCGCCCAUGCCCCGCCCCCUGCUCCUUUGAGACUCCUGUUAUGCUUGGCUAGCAGUGUAGGUACAGAACUGUAGUUAGUUGUGCAUUGGUGAUCUUGUUUUCUUUGUUGGCUUCUCUCAUUUUAUUUGUGGGGUUUUUCUUUUCCAAUUAUGGUCUCACCUUGUUUCUUACAAGAAAACCAGGGUCCUUUCUUGGCAUGUAACAUGUACGUAUUUCUGAAAUAUUAAAUAGCUGUACAGAAGCAGGUUUAUUUAUCAUGUUACCUUAUUAAAAGAAAAAGCCCAAACAAGCUGAAAAUUUUCCAUUUAUCCCUGUUAUUGUAGCUGCCUUAUCGGGAGAGAAGUGGAGUUGACUUUGGGUUUCUUUUCUUUUCUUUUCUUUUCUUUUCUUUUCUUUUCUUUUCUUUUCUUUUCUCUUCUUUUCUUUCUUUUCCUUCCUUCCUUCCUUCCUUCCUUCCUUCCUUCCUUCCUUCCUUCCUUCCUUUCUUUCUUUCUUUCUUUCUUUCUUCCUUUCUUUCUUUCUUUCUUUCUUUCUUUUUCUUUUGUAUUAAUUUAGGACAGAAUGUGAAGGCACAAGCAGGGUUCUGAGCCAAUUGCCAGACUGUGUUCGAACACCAGGACAAGAACAGAAUGAGACCUUAUUCAUAGUUGGAGGUUGGAAGAGACUGCAGAUCACCCAUUUUUAUUGAGUUGAAUCACACAUGACUCGAUUUCUUGAACCCACCCAAACUUAAAGUGGACCCCCUCCAGGAAAGUAAAAAUUCUUGAUGUAGUCUCCCUUGAAAGAAGAAUGGCACUCAGGGGGUCCCACUUAGCCCAUGGACACACUGAGGCUUGGGGAUGUUUAUUAAACACCAGACAAGUUUUUUGUACCCAUUUUUGUAUUAGUGCUGACACUCUGUUUUUUUUAUCCCAAUGGCAGUAGCAAGUGACCAGAGAUCUCAUUUGUUCCCCCCAUUUGUGUUAGAGUGAUGCAGAUUUCUGACCUACUGAGCACUCUGGGAAGGGUGCCAUAACCUGGGCUCAGUGGAUAGCUGUUAACACUCUUCCGAGAGCAGUUUUUGUCUGUGUGUACAUACUUGCAUUGGGGGGGGGGGGUAUGUUUGUUUGUUUUAGAUUCCAGUUUUUAAAAGUGUAAGGUUAUCUACUUUUUUUUUUUUUGCCUGUUCCUUUUGAUCAGUCAAAUGAAGGACUUAGAGUGGUCUGCAUCCAUUUGCUACGUAUCCCAGCCUAGGAGCCCACAGGGAGGAGAGCUGAGUGCUGUUCUCCGGUGUCUUAUCUUUUGUGGGAGAGAUGAGAAUAGGUAAAACUGAGAAGAGCACAUCUUCUCGGUGACUCUCAGCCACAUGGAUGGAGUGGCGAAGUUGUCCCAGGCCAAAGACUGUCCACUGCCUUGCCCCCUUGGAAGCCCUUUCCUUGUGUACAAAUAACCAGUCAAAAAAUCUAGAGAACAUAGUAGAUCAUUUCAAAGUGGGUUCUCAAGUCUUCAGGAAGACUACAACUGUACAAGUCUCUUCCUGCUCUAAAAGUCAUUUAGAUCCCAGAAUUCUACUGAACUGAAAGCCCACAGAGAGGCGGUUUCAUGUUACUGUUCAAUCUUCAGCUGUAAGAGGAAAUCUCUAUUUUUAUAUUGAAACACAAUUACUUGAUAGCUCAGGGUCUACAUUUCACUCAACUUUUUACACCAAAUUCUGAAGAAUGGUCAAAAUAAAAUAUUGGGGGCUGUUGUAAACAGAGGCUUAAUUUUAUUAGAAGUAGCCAGUUAUUUAUUAAAGCAUGAUGUUAAUAAAAUAGGCAUAUUCCGGCUGGUGUGUAUAAGUGUUUGUUUUUUUUUCUUAAAGAAAAA